AUGCAUCCUCUCAUCCCUGCCUUCCUCUUCCUGCUGGGAUCCUGCUGCCUUCAAGACGUGGAGGCACGACAAUAUGCCUCCAUCCUCACUGUGCCCAAUGGAGGCCCCUGGGGUACUUGGGGGAAGCCACAUUUUUGCCCCACAGGCUAUGCUGCGGGAUUUGAACUGAAGGUGGAGCCUUACCAGGGAUUCUGGAUAUUUGGUGACGAUACAGCUCUGAAUGGCAUCCGCCUGGUCUGCACAGAUGGCACAAUCGUUGAGUCCUCGGUGGGGCCGUGGGGAACCUGGACUAAGGCCCAGCUCUGCCCCAGCAACAAGAUGGUUUCCUUCUCGCUGAGUACGGAACCACAGCAGUAUCUGCAUGACGACACCGCGGCCAACAACGUGAUGUUCCUCUGUUCUGAUGGAACACAGCUGGAGGGCCAGGGACUUUCAGGGGGUCACUUCGGCCCAUGGAGCGACAGCUGCCACUCUAAAGGCAUCUGUGGGCUCCAGACCAAGGUGGAAAGACCCCAGGGAAAGGGGGAUGACACAGCUCUCAACGAUGUGAAAUUCUACUGCUGUGACUAA